AUGACGAGACAUUUCGAUAUUUCUGUUCCAGGCAACCUGAUGGUGAUUUUUGUGGUGACGUUCUCCCGACGAUUGCGCAGCAUCACAAAUUUCUUCCUGGCCAAUCUAGCGGUGGCGGACUUUUGCGUGGGCAUAUUCUGCGUCUACCAGACGCUCACCAACUACCUGAUGAACAGCUGGCAGCUGGGUGACUUCCUCUGCAAGGUGUACAUGUUCGUGCACGCGCUCUCGUACACCGCCAGCAUCCUGAUCCUCGUGGUGGUGUGCACCGAGCGUUACCUGGCGAUCGUCCAUCCAAUCAAAUGCCGAUCCAUGCUGACCAGGCGACGCCUCAGGAUGGUGGUAGGUGUUGUGUGGAUUUUGGCGGCCGUCUACGCCUCGCCGAGAUUUUUCUACGUCGAGACCAUCAAUAAUCAGCUCAACAACGGCGACGUCGACAUCAUCUGCAUAGCCAAUAUCAAGAAGCACAACAAAAACGUUCUGGACGUGGUGAAUCUCGUCCUGCUCUACCUCCUGCCGCUCUUUCUCAUGUGCUGCCUCUACACCAGGAUCGCCAUAGGCCUCUGGAGAAGCAGCGCGACCCUCGGUGGACCCGGCCUGGUCGCCAAGAGUAAAAACGGUAGAGUACACCACGUGCACACGUCCAGCAGAAACGUACUGAAGGCGCGACGCGGAGUUAUCAGAAUGUUGAUCGCGGUGGUGAUGAUGUUCGCCGUGUGCAACCUGCCUCAGCAGGCGCGCAUCCUCUGGCGACACUGGGGCCCGAACUACGAUAACACGUCGGACUUCAGCACUCUGCUGACCGUGUCGACCUUCCUCGUCUCGUAUAUGAACUCCUGCCUAAACCCGCUGCUGUACGCCUUCCUGUCGCGCAACUUUCGCAAGGGUAUGCGCGAGUUGCUGCAUUGCGGAGGGGCGAGGAACAACGGCGGCGCUCUGGCGAUGGUGUGCGCCAGCGUCGACCACAAUCGCCACGAGAACGGCGUCAGCGUCCAUCUCCCGCAGAGCUCGGUCGUUCGACUGAACUCUGUUGUUCAGGACAGCGCCGUCCUGUCCACCAAGCAGAUCAUCACUCGACACAACGUUUACGAGAGGAGAACUUAGUGAACGUCCGCCGUCCAGAUGCGACGGGAGUAGAUCGCGAAGCGAUUCUUUACAGGGUAUUCCAGGGACGGGAGAAGCUGGCAGAAUCCUUCUCAGGGAGGUGCGCGAGCGCCUGCGGGAUCUUUUUAGAGGAUCUAUUUUGACUCGUUAUAUAGUUUAUUUUAACGAGUAUGAACGAGAAGCGUUGCGUUGCUGCGCGCCUCGAGACUGUGAAUUUGGAUUAGCCGAAAACUUUGCAGAUAAUUAGAAUAGGAACGAAGUUUGGAGCAUCCUGUAUUAUAGCCCGGACAAGGCGCACGUUUCGUGAGGGGACGAACUAUCUCCUUUUCAACGUUUGAAAAACUCUUCGUAUUCGUCGUAUAGAGGAGCUGAUUUUCAACCUAUCCCGAAUUUUUCCAGUUUCAAAAUGAUUUUGAGAAUCUUGAUUACAGUAAAAUAGACUUUUUACAAAAUUCAAAUCUGAUUUACUUUGAAAAUCAGCUCUUCGAUCCUCGAAUCGCAAAUCGUGUCGUCUCAAAAGGCGCAGAACUCGCAGCUCAAUUUCUUAUACGUGACGCUAUAAUCUUACAAUCUCAAGUUAUGCUGACCACGAACAUUAUACAACGCAGGAAUUGCCGCGUUUCGGGAACAACAUACCUUGUUAGUGAUAGUUUUCAUUGGACAGAGAUAGAGAGAGAGAGAGAGAGAGAGAGAGAGAGAGAGAGAAGACAAGUUUCGGUUGCGGUCAAAUGAUGUCAGCAGCAUGCAACUUUGUCGGGGUGUAUGCAGCGCGUGUGUAAGCGACAAAGUUGAGUAUGGCGAGCUUAAUCGGAGCUUAUUCAAAGCAUAUUACGUACUUCUAUUUCCACUUCCAUUCUUUGUCCCUAGGCGCAUAAACAAUACAGACUGAAACUAUUGUGGAUUUCGUUCAUACUCGCUCAGUUAACGCAAAAUGGCAAGAAGGAAUUAUAUAAGGCAUGGUCGAUAUCUGUAUUUAUAGUCACGUUAGAACGUCGCAUAUUGAAUAAUUCGAAUUUAAAUAUCAUAAGAUUUUUGAUAAAAUAUAGAUUCUCUCUCAUUGACUUUAUGGUGUCUCAUUUAUCACGUGCCAAUGUCACGCUGACAUAAUUCUUUAGCAAAAUUGUGCUUUAAUUAUUUGAAAAUGUCUCUCAGUUCUCAAGUGAGAAAUCGUAAUUGCUAUCCGUCGCGAAAUUACUUCUCCAGCAAGAAGCUCGCCCGAAUUACCCACGCCAUUUAACAAAUUGGCAACCGUAAUUACUGACAAGUUGUCGAAAGUGCGUCGAAAGAAAGGGAGAAUCGAAUGAUACCUCUGUGAAUGUAUGUUAUGUAUAAGUUACUGGGGACUUAUUACAAAAUUAUAUUAAUGUCAAGUAAUUAUGAAAUAAAAAGAAGUGCAACUUUUAAAGUGUAAUUUUUUACACUACAUUUUUAUGAGAGGUUAAUUUUUGGGGAUUAAAUAUGAAUUAAAUGUAUACAUUUUUUUAUGGAUUAAAUAUGGAACACAUUAAAUACACUAAAUGUAUUUAAUAUAUUAGAGAUUUUGUAAUUUAUUUAUAAUUAUAGAAUAAACUCAUCACACCAGAUUAUGUAUUAAAAUCUGAAUGUAUUCAAGAUAUCAUUAUCAUU